AUGUCAGCAACAAACAGGACGCUACCAAUCUGCUCUCUGGCCAGCCUGCCGAAUGGUUUCUUCAGGUUUCCUCCUCAGGAAACAUCACCACCUAGACCACCAAUUUUCCGCAUGCUGGUCACCAAACCUUCCACCCGAGCUCCUUUUGACCCGUUGAGCUCUUUCCUCUCCUCCGACACCACGGACACAACCGUACACCUUCGGAAAUUCUCCGCCACUUCCACUCACCCGCACCGGCAUGACCUUCCCGCCAGACGUCAUGCACUCCCUAUUUCUCAAACGGCUGCCCGCAGAAUAUCCAGCAAAAUCCUGCUGGUAUCAGACGCCCUAUUAGAGCAGUUUGCUCUGAAGGCCGACGCGGUCAUCGCAGCGAAAACACGCGCACCUACAGUAGCAACUGUUCCGCACCCCUUCGCCGCCGCGCAGAGAACAGAACUUCAGGCGCCCUUCACCAUCAAGACACCAGUCCCGUUUCCGCACCCCGACGCCAAGGAUAAACGCCUUCCCUUCUCGUGCGCAUUGGAAGCUGGCCAACGCGACGCCAUCAAAGUCCACGGCAAGCGUUCGGAGACCUUCUCUCUGACAGGCGCCCCCAGCCAACGGUUCCAAUGGAUCUUCCUCAUUGCAGACGUCCCUCAAACCUAUCAUCGGCGCGAUUUCCUAGAGCACUACGGUUUGUCAGUCGACCUCCAGGAUAAGGCUCUCAUCCACCAAUUCAGAUUCCGCACACUCGCCGCCCCGACUCUGGUAAGUGUUCCUUCAAUAUACACAAUGUUUCCCAGAUCCUCCACUUACAAGGACAUCCUGCAGGAAUUCCCGGCUUUAUCCAAGCCGAUCAACUGGGCUACCAAACCACGGCAUGAGGUCCGUCACCACAUCGUGACUCACGGUCCCCCUGCCCACUCUAAGCCGUCCGCUCGCGCCCGCGACAGAUGUUGCAGCGCCAAGUGGAGUUUGACCCAUGAUGCAGUUAGGAUCAUACGCCUUCCAGCAGCAAAUGGGCAUUUGGUGAAGAAGAAGGAUGAUACCCGCUGCCCGCACCUGCACUCCUCCCACAAGCUGUCCGGCUGUACAGUCUUCUCGAGGAUCGACCUCGUGAAGGCGUACCACCAGGUUCGAUCGCUGAGGAGGACAUCCCCAGACGGCCGUCAUUACACCGUUUGUUUGGCCUGUUCGAGUUUCUCAGGAUGCCCUUCGGUCUCCACAACGCCGCUCAGACCUUCCAAGCGGUUUAUCAACGACGUGACUCCGCGGCUUGAGGGGUCUCUUCACCUACAUCGACGACAUCCUCGUCAGCACCUCAGACGACCUUCAUCUCCGCGCCUUCUUUUCGGCAGACUGCAAGAAGCCGGGGUCGUGAUCAACCCAGGGAAAUGUCUCUCGGGCAUCACCCCAACACAGGAGAAGGUUACCGCCAUAAGGAAGUUCCCCAAGACUGCACGGAGAAGCAACUUCGAAAAUUUCCUGGGGAUGUUCAACUUUCUUCCAGGAGAUUCGUUCCCAAGUGUACCAGCUCUUCAACCCCUUCGCGCCCUUAUACACCUAACAGGGCUAGCAGAAACUGUGGACGCCCCCUACAAACGAAGCCUUCGAAGCCUGCAAGGAAGCCUGGCCUCCGCCACCCUGCUGAACCACCCGCUGCCCGAGGCUCCUCUCAAGCAUAGCCGUCGACGCUCCCGACACUGCAUCGGCGCUGUCCUCCAGCAACGACAGGGUAAGCAUGGGGAACCUCUUGCCUUCUUUUCACAGACCCUGUUGCCACGCAGGUCACGAUACAUUGCCUUCAGAAAGGAACUCCUGGCAGUGUACUCCGUGGUGAGGCACUUCCAGCCGUACAUGGAAUCUCAGGAAUUCCACAUCCUGACAGACCAUAAACCCCUCACCUUCGCUCUACACUCGAGGACCCGUCGCCAAUCCCUUCGAGAGGAGCGCCACCUGGACUACAUCUCACAGUUCACGACGGACAUCCGUCACAUUCGGGCGCGGACAACGAGGCCGAAGAUGUCCUCUUGA